AUGAAAUUAACCAAGCGAUUCCUCAACUACAAAAUUGCGAUGCCGCUCACCAAGGCGGACCACAACUACCCUUCUCUUCGCCCCUUCAGCAUGGUGGUGGCUACGGAUGAGAAUCACGGCAUCGGCGACGGCAAAACGAUUCCAUGGGUGGUGCCCGAGGAUAUGACGUUUUUUAAAAAUCAAACCACCAAACUCCGCGGGAAAAACGCCGUGCCGAAGUUCGGAUCCGGUGGGAAGGUCAACGCGGCGAUUAUGGGGCGUAAGACGUGGGAGAGCAUCUCGAAUGAGUUUCGCCCGCUCAAAGGUCGUCUAAACGUCGUUCUUUCCAGCACUUCCACGAAGGAAGAUCUCCUUCACGCGCUCCCGGAAGAAAAGCGAGCCGAAGCCGCGGAGCAGCUUCUUGUGAUCUCGGAAGGCGGGAUGGCGAAGGCGUUGGAGGUGCUCGCGCGCCCUCCGUAUAUCCACUUCGUGGAGUCCGUCUACUGCAUCGGCGGCGCGAAGGUCUACAACGCGGCGUUGGAAUCCCCAUGCGUAGAGUUUCUUCAUUCCGUCUACGCCACGCGAAUUCGGCUGACGGAAAAGAGCUGCACGCGGUUUUUUGAAUUUCCCCCACCCUCUGGCGAGGCUGCGGCAAAGCCGUGGAUGCUCGAAUCCACUACGGGAGAUCUGGAGAGCAAAAACGACGGGCAUACGCACUACGCGAUUGAAAAGUACAUUCCUCAUAAUCUCGAGGAGCAGCAGUACCUCCAACUCAUCGAUCGCAUCCUCCGCGAGGGGGUGGAGAAGGAGGACCGAACCGGCGUCGGAACGAUCAGCCUUUUUGGCGCGCAGAUGCGCUUCUCCCUUCGCAAUAAUCAACUCCCUUUGCUGACAACCAAACGCGUCUUUUGGCGUGGUGUUUCCGAGGAGUUGCUGUGGUUUCUUCGCGGCGAAACCAACGCGAAGCUUCUGAGCGAUAAGGGGGUUCACAUCUGGGAUGAUAACGGCUCCCGCGCCUUUCUCGACAGCCGCGGGCUUUACGACAACGAGGAGAUGGAUCUCGGCCCCGUUUACGGCUUUCAAUGGCGCCACUUCGGCGCGGAAUACACCAAUCAUAAAGCUAAUUACGAUGGAAAAGGCGUUGAUCAGAUCAAAUACAUCGUGGAGACGCUCAAAACAAACCCGAACGAUCGCCGGAUGCUCUUUAUCGCGUGGAAUCCAUGCGCGCUGCAUCGGAUGGCGCUCCCGCCUUGCCACCUUCUCGGGCAAUUCUACGUGAAUCCCGCAACGAAGGAGCUUUCCUGCAUGUUAUACCAACGCUCCUGCGAUAUGGGGCUCGGGGUACCUUUUAACAUCGCCUCAUACGCCCUUUUAACGGUUCUCAUCGCCAAAGCAACGGGUUUAAAGCCUGGGGAGCUCGUCCACACACUCGGCGACGCGCAUAUUUACAAAAAUCACGUUUCUGCGUUGAAGGAGCAGCUCAAACGGGUCCCUCGACCCUUCCCGAUAUUGGUUUUCCACAAGGAUCACGAGUACUUGGAGGAUUACGAGGUCGAGGAUAUGGAGGUGGUCGAUUACAAUCCGUAUACGGCUAUCAAAAUGGAUAUGGCGGUUUGA